UCAGCGACCCCGGAAGUAGCUGUUUCAGGGUUUUGGAGCUACCUCUGAUUCCCAGCUUGCGAUGGGUUGCGACGGGGGAACGAUCCCCAAGAGGCACGAACUGGUGAAGGGGCCGAAGAAGGUUGAGAAGGUUGACAAAGAUGCUGAAUUAGUGGCCCAGUGGAACUAUUGUACUCUGAGUCAAGAAAUAUUAAGACGACCGAUAGUUGCCUGUGAACUUGGCAGACUUUAUAACAAAGAUGCCGUCAUUGAGUUUCUCUUGGACAAAUCUGCCGAAAAGGCUCUUGGGAAGGCAGCAUCUCACAUUAAAAGCAUUAAGAAUGUGACAGAACUAAAGCUUUCUGAUAAUCCUGCCUGGGAAGGGGAUAAAGGAAACACAAAAGGUGACAAGCAUGAUGACCUCCAGAGGGCACGUUUCAUCUGCCCGGUUGUGGGCUUGGAGAUGAAUGGCCGACACAGGUUCUGCUUCCUUCGGUGCUGUGGUUGUGUGUUUUCUGAACGAGCCUUGAAAGAGAUAAAAGCAGAAGUUUGUCACACAUGUGGGGUGGCCUUCCAGCAGGAUGAUGUCAUUGUGCUCAAUGGCACCAAGGAGGAUGUGGAAAUGCUGAAGAAAAGGAUGGAGGAGAGGAGGCUGAAAGUGAAGCUGGAGAAGAAAACAAAGAAACCCAAGGCAGCAGAGUCCGUUUCAAAACCAAAUGUCAGUGAAGAAUCCCCAGGGUCAUCAAAAGUUAAGAUAGGGAAACCUGAAGAAACCGGCCUUGAUUCUAGAGAGAAGAAAACCAAUUCAGCUCCCAAAAGUGCAGCAACAAAUGGGAGCUCUUCUGGAAAAGCCGAGAAACCUUUAUCUGGAGCCACGAAGAGGUCCAUUGUCAACAGCGAGGAAUCUGAAGCCUAUAAGUCCCUCUUCACAACUCACAGCUCCGCCAAACGCUCCAAGGAGGAGUCAGCUCACUGGGUCACCCACACAUCCUACUGCUUCUGAAGCCUGCGGCUCCUUCUCUCCAAGAAGGUUCUUUUCAGUUUCCAUGUAGGCAGGUUGUUGUGAUCCUCUGAUUGUACUAUGUAUUCUCUGGUGUAGCUCCGUUUGCACCAUGUCAUAAAGUUGUCCUCAACAACCUUUGAGCCGGCAUGGUCACUCUUACUGUGAGGCCCGUGGGUUCUGGGGAGGACGUGAUGGGUGGUUUGCCAAGUGCCCGUCCCCCUCUCCUACAGGCCUGUGUUCAUGCUCACUCCCACCUGCAGUGGCAUUUGGACUUUUCCACAGCCGGAAAGUCGUGUUGGCUGCACUUUUUAUGCCUGCAAUAAUGAAAGACUCCAGACUCCUCACAGGUGUGUGGUUGGCUCGUUUUGACUAAAAUUCUAGUGGCUUUGCUGACAAUGAAAAAUUAAGUAGGCCAGGUGAAACUGAGCUUUAGAAAGGAUGAAUUUCAAAUACCCUCUGCCUGCCAGAGUCUUUGAAGGGCAUUGUCCCUCUCCAGCCCUGGAGGGAGCUGGGAGCUUGUUGGUCUAGUACAUAGGGGAGUCCUCCCUAUCUUAUUUUGAAGCCAGCAGAGAUUUUAGUUGGGCACCUGAUGAUUUAGUACAGAAAUAAAGCAAGUCCAUCUUUCCUCUCA